GCCCCGCAAAAAGGCGUUGCUAGGUGAAGUGCACGAAGUGGUUGACGGAGUUGCGAGAAGACAUUGCGAUGUGCGCGAAUUAGAGGAGUAACGCCGAUGAAGGUCCAGAUUCAGCGACCAGUUUCCGCUCCAGGAUUAGAAGGACGCGGAAGGAUCGUUAGACCCAGGCGCCAGUGGAAAACGCAGCAAGUAUAGACCUAGGCGCAGGGUCUCUAGCCAGUUAACAUUAAUACGGAUAUCCGCUCCAAGAUUAGAAGGACGCGGAACGAUGGUUAAACCCAGGCGCCCCUGGGAGACGCGGCAGUGAGCAGAGACAUAUCACAGCAGGCUUUUUUUUUAGUCGAACUCAGGCGCCUAAAAAAUUAUCACAGCAGACGUUUUUUUUACUCGAACUCACCAAGUUUUGAGGCGCGUCAAAACGAGACGCGGCAGUGAGCGGAGACAUAUCACCGCAGACGUUUUUUUUAGUCUGACUCACCAAGGUCUCACUGGAUAAUACAGCGAGACAUACCAUAGCAGCAUGGGCUUAUAGCCUAAUACACGACCGCUAGUCCGAGUUACUUCGGUGCUUGCGGCUUCGAAGCUUCGUAAGGUGAAGAGUAUUAAUCGGUAGCCCGUAGUAGCCCGUUGCUGCUUCCGCAGUAGUAGUUCGUUAUGGAAACUCCGUCGUAGCUGCAGGGUCGUUUAAAUCUGCCUACUUCUGUACCCAGCGUUUUAGGUUACCUGGUUACCACAUGGAUGCUGCGCUCCGUGCCAUGUCAGCGUGGGAUCGAAUCCGAAUCUCUCCAGCUCUAAACGCCGUUCGCCCCACUCCCGUGGUUCAGCCUCCUCCCGUUUUUCGGCCUCCUCCCGUCUCUCUCCCACCCGCCGCUCCACGCCUUGUCGGGUCCUCGUCGGGGGGUGCUAAGCCUCGCACCGCAGGUGGACUCGACAGCGACUCGGGUCAGGUGGAGGAAGAGGAGGAGGAGGCGGAAAGCAGGCUGCUGGGAGGAGAUGGUGCGAGGGACCGAGAAAGUAAGCUCCGUGGGAGUUUAAUUCGCGAAGAGGCAAGAAGGGGGCGCUUCAACGCGCCCGGCCGUGUUGAGGCAGCACACGGCCGUAACGGGCCAGCUCACGAAGUGAUUAGUAGAGGCUCGAUAAGCGGUACAAGUACUCAAGAUCGCGUCUCGGAAGACCGCCUCCGAAGCGCGACGGACUUGGCGAGCUCGGUUCCUGUAGUUAAGUGGGCCUCUUAUCCGUCGGUCAGAAGCGCAGCGGGUGAUAGAAGCGCAGGGGGUGAUAAAAGCGCAGGCGGUGAUAGAAGCGCAGGGGGUGAUAGAAGCGCAGGGGGUGAUAGAAGCGGAGAAGGAAUCGGUGACAGAAGCCGAGGAGAUAGUAACGGAGGGGUUGCUGGUGGUAGCAGCGGGGGUGCCAGUGAUAGAAACAGAUGUGAUACUAGGAGCCUGUACCAUCGCCGUCAAGCGCAGGAUGCGUGGGCGGACGGCGGCGCAGAUGGGGGGGCGGAUUGGCGGGCUGAUGGGCGCGCGGAUGGGUACGCGGAUGGGCGGGUGACAUCCCAAGUUUCGGGUCCGAGGGACCCGAACCUGCGGAAAGAAGCUCUUCCGCCUCCCCCCCGAUGGAUUCCCGCUUCUUCCGCAAGACAUAGCGCCUUGCCCGUCCCUUACGGGCGCGGAGACGGUGGGGGACGUGGGGGAGCAGACUGGGGCGCAGAUAGGCGCGCGGAUGGGCGGAACGAUGGUCUUCCGCCCCCCCCUGGGCGGGCCCCCGCUUCUUCCUCCGCUUUUUACCGCGCCAUGCCUGACCCUUACGCCCGGCCGGUGCCCCGGCAGCACGGAACGGCGUUCCGCAGAGGCGUCGGCGACGGGGAUAACGGCAAUCACGGCGGCAAUAACGGCGGGAUUAACGGCGGGAUUAACGGCGGGAAUGACGGCCGAGGUAACAGCAUUGCGGGUGAAGGAAGAGGGCGCAUGGGUGCGGAGCCGGCAGAGCAUAGCUUGAUGUUUCCGGGAACAAGAGAUAGACUGAGAGAGGACGGCAGCCGGCAGGGCAGCCUGAGGAGCCGCCGGCAAGUCGAGGAGACGACGGCAGAGGUGACGGCUAGCCGGCAGACAGGCGUCCAGCCGGCUUAUGUGUUCACGGAAACCGGCUGGAAGCCGAGAGAAGAGGUGGAAGGAAUUCAUGGGAAAUUGGGGAGAGGAGAAGAGAAGGGCACAGGAGCAGUAAGAAAGGACAGACUAGAAGGCAGGUAUAGUGGGCCGUUUUAUCCUAACGAUCCUGUCUUAGAAGAGGUCGGAGGAGUGGGUGAGGAGAUGUGCAGAGAAGGAGGCAGGGGAGGAGGGCAGGGGGGAGGUGAAAAAGGGGAGGAUGAGGAUCAAGAAGAGGAGGAAGAGGAGGAGGAGGAGGAGGAGGAGAUGGAGGAGAUUGAGAUGGAGCGACCGCCGUUGUUGUCUGCCUUCCGGGAAGGGAACGGACAUUGGAAAUCAAAGGGUUUGAGUAUGGGACCAGCAUCAGCCUCAGCAUCGGUACAGGAGGACGAAGAGGACGAAGCGGAGGUGAGGAUGGAGGAAGGAGAGAAAGAGGAGAAGGUGGAGGAGGAGGAGGAGGAGGUGGAGGAGGAGGAGGAGGAGGUUACAGCAAUAAGAGAAGACGGAGCAGCAGCAGCAGCAUCGAGAGGCGGAGCAGCAAAACCAGCCGCAGCAGCCGCAGCGGCAGGAGCAGCAGCGUCAGUAACAGCACCACCAGCCCCAUCAGCUGAAGGAUCAGCAGCAGAACCAGCAGCAGCAGCAGCAGCAUCGAGAGGCGGAGCAGCAAAACCAGCCGCAGUAGCCGCAGCGGCAGGAGCAACAGCAGCAGCAGCAGGAGGAGCCGCAGCAACAGGAGGAGCCGCAGCAACAGCAGCAAGGGGAGCAGCAGCAGCAGCAGCAAGAAUGCAGAGGUUCAGGCCGAAGCUAUUACCAGAGAACUUCGCAGGAAGAAACCCCUUAGCCUCGCCCAAAGCAGCCACUAGUAACCAUGCGAGGCAACGGACGGCAGGUGGUAACCACAUGCGCGAAACGGAUUCGAGUGGUAACCACAUGCGAGAAACUGAGGCUCACGGAAACGGCGUGGGCCGUGGUGAAUCGUCGGGGAGAGCCGUAACCCGACCGUCUUCUCUGCCCCGUGAGCCCGUGGAGACCACGGCGGAGGAGCGCUGGCGCAAGGCGCAGGAGGCUUUUGAGGCGCCUCAAAAGUCUUCUCUGCCCCGUGAGCCCGUGGAGACCACGGAGGAGGAGCGCUGGCGCAAGGCGCAGGAGGCCAGACUACCAGCCUUAGCCAGAAGCCUCGGUGUCCCCUUUGAUGCUAAGCGCACCCUCGGUGCCCCAGCACACCACUUUGAUGAUCCCGAGUAUCUCCAGGAGCCGCGUGCUGAGGCGCCUCAAGAUAGACACGUGCUGCCCCGUAAGCCGGCAGAGACCACAGAGGAGGAGCACUGGCGCAAGGCGCAGGAGGCCAGACUGCCAGCGUUGGCCAGAAGCCGCCACGAGGAGUCCCCGAGCAGACAGGCUGGGCCGCCACACGAGCCCGCAGAGACCACUGAGGAGGAGCACUGGCGCAAGGCGCAGGAAGCCAGACUACCCGCCUUGGCCAGAAGCCUCGGUGACACCCGUCCGUUUCACGAUCCACGCCCCUUUGACGACCCCCUUGAGCGCUAUCACCAGCAGCAGGGUUCGGCACCGCUUGAGCCCCAACCCUUCUAUGAGCCUCCGCAAGCCCCGUAUGGAGAAGCCCGAGGGCUCUGUCACCCGGAGGGUGUGCGUGCUACUGUCAACCCCAAGAGGGCUUCACCCCCUCGCGCGUCCCUUUUUCAGGCGCCUCAAGUCUCGUCCCCCCCUGCUGGCCACCUCAGGGAACCCCCAGCCGCUGCCACAGCCUUCAGCCGCAACCUCAGCAGCAGCAGCAAAGGCUCCUUGGACCGCUGUGCUUCUCCCAGCAGCAGCAGCAGCAGCAUCAGCAGCAUCCGCAGCAGCAGAGGCUCCUUAAACCCCUGCGCUACAGCGGCAGAUAGGGGCCUCGGCAGGUGCGAGCACCCGAGACCUGCUCCUUGUGCUCCUACCUCCACCGCUCACUCCACCACUCACUCCACGCCACGUGGCAAGGCCUUGGACCCCUGUGCUGCUGCUGCAGAUGCAGAUUGGGGCCUUGGAAGGUGUGAGUAUACGAGGAGUGACAGCCGAGGAAGUGCUUCUUGUGGUGGUGAAUACGGUAGUGGUGAUUGCAAAAACGGUGGGGCUGGUUACACGAGUGGUAACUCUAGAGUCAACGAGUGUGAUUAUACGAGGAGUGACAGCAGGGGGAGUGCUGGCAGUGGUGGGCACAGUACCCGUGAUUGUAGAGAAAGUGGGGCUGGUUUCAGCAGUGGUAACUCCAGGGUCAAUGACAGUGGGGGUUACAUAAGUGGUAACUCUAGGGUCAAUGACAGUGGGGGUUACAUAAGUGGUAACUCCAGGGUCAAUGACAGUGGGGGUUACAUAAGUGGUAACUCCAGGGUCAAUGACAGUGGGGGUUACAUAAGUGGUAACUCUAGGGUCAAUGACAGUGGGGGUUACAUAAGUGGUAACUCCAGGGUCAAUGACAGUGGGGGUUACAUAAGUGGUAACUCUAGGGUCAAUGACAGUGGGGGUUACAUAAGUGGUAACUCCAGGGUCAAUGACAGUGGGGGUUACAUAAGUGGUAACUCCAGGGUCAAUGACAGUGGGGGUUACAUAAGUGGUAACUCCAGGGUCAAUGACAGUGGGGGUUACAUAAGUGGUAACUCUAGGGUCAAUGACAGUGGGGGUUACAUAAGUGGUAACUCCAGGGUCAAUGACAGUGGGGGUUACAUAAGUGGUAACUCUAGGGUCAAUGACAGUGGGGGUUACAUAAGUGGUAACUCCAGGGUCGAUGACAGUGGGGGUUACAUAAGUGGUAACUCCAGGGUCAAUGACAGUGGGGGUUACAUAAGUGGUAACUCUAGGGUCAAUGACAGUGGGGGUUACAUAAGUGGUAACUCCAGGGUCGAUGACAGUGGGGGUUACAAUAGUGGUAACUCUAGGGUCAAUGACAUUGGCGGGUACAAUAGUGGUGCUUACAGUAGUGGCGGCCGUGGUAACAACGAGCAAAGGAGCAGCGACCACAGGAGCAGCAGCAGCAGGGGUGGCGGGAGCAUGAGCAGCAGGGGGCAUGAGCCCGAGCUAGGCAAUAGGGGGAAAGGGAGCAUGAGCAGAAGCAGCGACCAGGGGGGCAGCAGCUCGAGAAAUGGGAUCUGUAGCAGCGGCAGCAGGGACAGCGGGAGCAUGAGCAGCAGGGGGCAUGAGUCCGAGCUAGGCAACAGGGGGAAAGGGAGCAUGAGCAGGAGCAGCGACCAGGGGGGCAGCAGCUCGAGAGAUGGGAUCUGUAGCAGCGGCAGCAGGGACAGCGGGAGCAUGAGCAGCAGGGGGCAUGAGCCCGGCCUAGGCAACAGGGGGGGUGGGAGUAUGAGCAGAAGUAGCGAUCAGAGGAGCAGCAGCACGAGCAUGGGUAAUAACAACAGCACGAGUAACGGAAUGGGUGGUAACAACAGCACGAGUAACAGAAUGGGUGGUAACACAAGGAGUGGUAACAACAGGAGCAGCGGAAACUAUGGCAGCAGCGACAGCAGUGACGAUAGCAGCUGCAGAAGCAGCGUCAGCAGCAGAAUCAGUGCUCAGGGAGGGAGGAAGAGAAACAGCGGAGGGGGCAGCAGAGGCAGCGGAGGGAACAGCCAAAGCAGCGGAGGGGGCAGCAGGAGCAGUGGAGCAUCUAGCUCAAGAGGCAUCACCAGCAGAAGGGUCGCUCUCCCUUCUCCCGCCUCCUCCUGCGCCUCCUCCUCUCCCUCCUCCCCCUCUUCCCCCUCCUCUAUCCCCGAAGCUUAUGAAACUCCCUUUCAUAAGGCAGCCUCGUCUCAUACCCCCUCCCCCCCCACGCCUCAUGCUCUCCCCCCCAUCUCUAACACACCCUCCAUCCCUAGACCACUCUCCCCUCCUCUCUCUCCUCCACACUCUCACAUCCCCACUCACCGCCCCUCCUCGUCCUCUUCCACCCACUCUGCGCCUUCCCCCUGCCUCUCCCCCACUCCUGCCGCUUCCCGCCCCCGAGCCUCCGCCCGAGCCUCCACCAGGGCCUCCCGCCGAACCUCCCGCCAAACCUCUCCUCAGGUAUCUCCACGAAACUCCUCUAAGAGCCCCCGCCGGACCUCUUUCCGAGCCUCCCCAUCCGGUUCUCCCAGCUCGGCCUUCCCCCGAGCCUACCCAUCCGGUUCGGCAAGGUCUCCAAAGCAGCUUCGGCACAGCAGAAGCAGUACCAGCGGCACCAGCAGCAGCCAGGGAAGCAGCAGAGGGAGCAACAGACACAGCAGCACUAACGGCAGUGCUACUGCUUCUGCUGAUGCUAGUGCCUCCGGGCCUCCUUCCGCACCUGUUAGCGAACCUCAUUCCAAGCCAUCCCACCCAGUUUGUUCCGAGCCUGAUCCGUCACCCCCUGCUGCUGCCGAGCCUGAGGCUCGGGUCUUGGUUCCUGCCAAGCCUCAUAGAUCCUUGGAGCUAGAGCUUCCUGACUCUCUAGUACCUGAGCCUACAUCGUCCGAGCCUAGAGCUCCAAGUUCCAAGCCUGAACCUGGUCCUCCAAAUACCGAGCCUGCAACACCCACAUCGAAGCUUCGUAGUUCAUGUGCCUCGGGCAGCAGAAGCGAUUUCUCGGGCAGCGGAAGCGAACAUUCGGGCAGCAGCAGAACAAAGACCGCUCGGGCAGCAGAAGUGAUCCCGGUGGUUGCUCGCGCCGACCCCCCUUCCACACCUCCUCCCCCUCUCUCCCCAAUCUCCCCUCCUUCCUCUAACACUCCAGCUUCUUCCACCCCCCCCUCUCCUCUAUCUCCCACUCCUCCCCCCUCUCAUUCCCUCCCCCCUCCUAUAACCUCCACCUCCUCCUCGCCUCCUUCCCCUACUCCUCCCUCCCCUUCCAUCCCCCUCUCCCCAGCGUCCCCCAUCGCAAGGAGGAAAGCAGCAGCAGAAGCAACAGCAAGAAGGAAAGCAAUAGCUGCUGGCCUGGCGAUUGCAGACUCGGUUAUUCCUGGUUCGGUCUCAGGCUCGGUUCCUGGUUUGGCAACAGGCUCGGUUUCUGCUCCGGCUUCACGUCCGGAUGAAGCAGCAGCCUCGGAUUCAGGUUCGGCAGAGAGGGCGGGUGGGAGGGAUGUGGUACUUGGAGAGGAAGGUUCCGCGAAGGAGCAGAGGAUUGUUGAGACGAGUGAAGGAGAUUUGGCGGCAGAAGCGGCAGAUUCGGGAGAGACAAGCAUGAGGAGAAAUAGCAGUAGUGGCAGCAGCCGCAGCAGCAGCAGCGGCAGCGGCAGCGGCGGCAGCAACUGCAGGAGCAGCCACAGCGGGAGCAGCAGGAGCGGGAGGGGGAGCAGGAAAAGCGGGGCGAAAGGAGAAGACGCUAGUGGAAGCAGCGGAAGCAGCGGAAGCAGCGCAAGCAGCGAUGAUAGCGGCAACAGCGGCAACUGCAGCAGAAGCCGGAGCAGAGCAGCAGGAGCAGGAGAAAGAAGAGGAGGGGGAGGGGAGGUGGAGAAUGCUGAAAGAGAUAAUGAGAUGGUGAGGGGAGGGGAUGGGAGCAACGGAAGGGAGGGAGAGGAGGGGAGGAGUGAGGAGAGGGGAAUGCGUGAUAUGGGAAGGGGAGGGAGAGAGGGUGAGAAUCCAAUACCGGCAGUGAUGCCAGCAACAGGAACACUGGCAGCAGCAGCAGCAGCAGCAGCAGCAGCAGGAGGAGCAGGAGCAGCAGCAGGAGCAGCAGCCAUGCUACAGCAGCAGCAGCAUCCCAUGAUGACAUCAGCAUCAACGUCUGUUGGCAGCAUGAUGACGUCAUCAUCACCGUUGCCUUCAGGCAUGGUCCGCCAAUCCAUGAUGACGUCAUCACCAACCCAUGCUGGCGUGGUGGGAGGCUCUGGGACCGUGCUGCCCAGCAUGCAGCACCCGAUGCUAACGUCAUCCAACAACCUGGUGGCAAGUGCCAUGUUGCCUCCUCCGCCCCCUCCGCCCUUCCUGGAUGCUUCCACCGGUACUGUGAUUUUAAACGGAAACAGUAAUUUUAAUAAUAGUGGUGAACAGUACGGCAACGGCCAGUUACAGGGUCUGCAGUGCAACGAUGCACAGUUCAGUGCGGUGCAGAGCGGUGGCAGUGGUCUACAGUACAACAGUCUGCAGUGUAACGGAGGGCUGAUUUCGCCUGAUGGAGGAAGGCUGAUGCAGUCUCCAGGGCAAAUGGGCAUGAUGACGUCAGCAGGCCACCACAUGAUGACGUCACCAACUCAUCCUCCCUCCCUCAUGUCACCUCUCAGACUCGCCCCUCUCACUCCCACCCACUCACUCUCCCUUUCACUUCCUCUCUCCCCCUCUCACCCUCUCUCCCCCUCUCACCCUCUCUCCCCCACUCACCCUCUCUCCCCCUCUCACCCUCUCUCCCCCUCCCAUCCCCUCUCUCCCUCUCAUCCCUUCUCCCCUUCUCUCCCCCACUCUCCCACCUACUCACUCUCCUCCACACACCCCCUCUCACCCACGCACAACACCAUGAUGACGUCACCAUCCCACUCAAUGCUGACGUCAUCAGUGGCUGCAUCAGGCAUGUCAUACUCCAACCCCCCAUCCAUGAUGGUAUCUCAACAAGAACCCAUGGCCAUGGCCAUGGCCCCACCUUCCCCAUCUAUGGUGAUGCCGCAGCAACAACAAUCCAUGUCACACUCCAACCCCCCAACCAUGAUAGUGUCUCCACAACAAUCUAUGCCCAUGGCCCCAUCUUCCCCAUCCAUGCACAUGCCUCCGCCCUCCCCAGUAUUCUGUGGUAACUCCGUAACCCCCCCAACCAUCUCACCACCCUCCCCAGCAUCUCCCCAGUACCACUCCCCUGGGGUUUUCAGCUCAUAUACCCCCCCCUCCCCAUCAUCCCCUCUCAACAUGCAUCAAGCCAUCAUGUUCCCCUCAUCCCACCGUUCAUCCCACCCCUCCUCCCAGCUUUCCUCCCAGAUUUCCUCCCAGCUUUCCCACCCCAUGCAUACAUAUGUGGCUGUUAGCAGCAGUCCCAUAGCCAACGCCACAGGCAGCAGCAGCAGUAACCCCAUGCAUGCCCCCAUGCACUCACCCAUGCAUGCACAUGCCGCCCUGAGCACCAUGGGCAACGCAGGCAGCAGCAACAGUGUGAUGGGUACUGCUCCCAACAGCAUGGCCAUGGUGACGUCAGCACAUCAUGGCAUGCCCAUUGUGAUGAUGUCAGCAUCUCAGGGCGGGCAGGAUGGGAUGACGUCAGCAGGAAGCAGGGGUGGGACGGUGGUGAUGGGGUGUGGACAGAGGGAGGGGCGGCAGCAGCAGCAGAUCGCACCUGCUCCUGAAUCAUGGGCACCUGUGCAGCAGCAGCAGCAGUACCACCAGCAGCAGCAGCAACAGCAGCAGCAGCAGCAGUACCCACAGCAGCAGUACCCACAGCAGGAGGGGACCAGAGCUCCAGUCAGCAGCAACAUAAACCCCAUGAUCCCACCUAGAGUCAUGGCAUCUAUUGAAUCAAAAAUACCCCAGGGUAUUUCCCCAGAAUUACGGCAACAGUGGGUGCAGCAGCAGCAGCAGGCUUACCUGCAGCACAUGCAGCAAAAACAGCAGCAGAAACAGCAGCAGGAGCAGAAAGCGGAGGAGAGGGAGAGGGAGCGGGAGAGGGAACGGCGGCGGAGGCAGCUGCAGCGGCGGCAGCAGCAGCAGCAGCAACUAGAGCUGGAAGAGCAGAUAGAGCAGCAGGAGCUGCUGCUGCAGCAGCUGAAAGCAGAGGAGAGGGAGAGGGAGAUGGAGCGGCGGCGGAGGCAGCUGCAGCAGCAGAAGCCUCUGGCUGUCGUCAUGCUGAUGCAAUCACUAGGAGGGCGGAAGAAGAAGGACGGGAGGGACGGCUCACCCACUCCACAGCAAAACUGCAGCGAUUCCAGUGACGUUCCGUGCCAUGCCAGCCUCUGCGGCGCUCCGAGUCGGCGACCCAGCCCCAGGGACGCACAGCAGCAACAGCAGAGGAGGACAGCAAUGCCAGCACAGGUGCAGCAGCAGCAGCAGCACCCUCUGCAACCGCAGCAACUGCAGCAGCUGCAGCAGACGCAGCAGCCACAUCAGGCACAGCAUACACAGCAGCACGUGUAUACACAGCAUACAUUGCAGCAGCAAAUGCCCCAGCACCUGCUGCUACAGCCCACACAGCAGCCACAGCAGACACAGGACGUGUUACAGCAUACACUGCAGCAGCAUAUGCCCCAGCAGGCGCUGCUACAGCCGCAGGUGUCGCCACAUCAUCCACAGGUGUUGCCACAUCAGUUACAGUGUUACUCGGUGCAACCUGCAGCUGAAUACUGGCCCAGGUAGGAAAGUAUAACCACCGUACAUAAUAUCGUAUCGUCUUUUGUUGUAUUAACCUGUUGUAUCCAUAUGUGUAGAUUGGGUUGGGUGGGAGUGGGGCUGGGAUUGCGGAGGGGCAUCCACUGCAAUGUAUGCGGUAAUAAGGAGGUGAAGCUCCUCCAACCAAACCAACCCAUGCUCAGUGUUACAUGUUGAGGACCACUGUAAGGAAUUUUCCAUUCCUUAGCGCGCCACACCGCUAACGCGUACCCCAACCCCACACGGCACGAACACCUGCCCUAGCUUCGGCACGUACCGUACACGCCACGCCGAACAAUUUCGCGUCACUCCGAAGCGUUCCGCGUCCUCGGAUGCCUUCGUCGACCCUGGUCGAUCACGGCUAGGAUUGCUCCGGUGUUCCUAUAUCUUGCUUCAUCAUUCCAUUGUACGACAUUCCGUUAUUUUGAACCUCGACAUU